UACACUCACAUUAACAUCUGCUAACCAUGUGUAUGUGACAAAUAAAAUUGGAUUUGAUUUGAAUAGUUAGAUAAAAUUGCAAUGUCAAAUCGUGCAAAGAAAGUUUUAAAAAAUUGUUAGGUUUACAAGAGAACAUGCAACAGAGGCACCUCAGAAGAGACAUUUUUGAAGAAAUUGUUAACAACGCCUUUGUUCAUUUUCUCCCUAACAUUGCUCAACUCAAUGAUCAAAUGUAAAGGUUCAAUAGCAAUCCAUGAAUGUGACCAUCAAUAGGUAAGACCUUUUUAUUUACCAGAUUGACCCUAUUUGAUUAUUUUAAUGAAAGCAUGGAAUUUAAAAUCAAUAGACAUCCUCAAAUAACUGUCCAAAAACUACUAAUGUUUCUUAAUGUAAAAAAUGCAGACUAAACAAAACAUCAUCAAAAACCAAUUCACAGGCAUGGGGGGGAUAGAGGGAGAGAGUCUUACCUGCUGAAAGAGAGAGAAAUCCAUGAAGGACAAGUAAUGCCAGUGGUAAUGUACAGGCCAUUGUGUUGUUACUACAUGUACUGUGAGAAAAAUGUACAGGUUUCAGUUUAGUAGUCAGACUCUUUCCUGGGUCUCAGCCCUGUAUGUACCUACUCUUUCAGCAGUGCAGAGAUCAAAUUGUAUUUGUCAAAUCUUUUAAAAAAUCUUUAAAAAAUAACCAUCAAACAAACUCUUCCUCUUCAGUAUCAACACAGGCUUUUUCCUCGUCCUAAACACAACCUUAAAAAAAAAACGUUCUUAUGAAAUGAAUGUCAAAAAAGACAUUAGGCUACAUUCAUUGUGUGGCAUUAAAUGCCACAAAACUAUUUGGACAUUCUCAUAAAUGAUGACGAUGUAAAGAAUUUAAAAAAAAAGAAUAUUAGUCAUAUAAAGGUCCUUGAACGAUUGUCCUCGGGAAUAUAUGUGGUUUUGUUAGCCAUUUUCUAUUACAUUUACCUACUAAUGUAUUUUUUUUUGUUGAGAUAAAAAGUUAUUCAGAAUACUUCAACUGAAUGUAGGCUAAGUACUAGCCUAGCUAGAGUUCCCCCACACUUUCUGUUACCCCGCCCUAACAGAUUUGGGGUUUCAGUUACUGCAUUGUGCGCCAAGUGUUGCGCUGGGGGCCUUUGUACACUGUCUAGAAAAUAAACUGGGGAAGACUGUUGUAUUACAGGGUAAUAACAUUGUUCCUUACAAUAACUCAGCCCAUUAUGAUUCCAUGAGGGUGAUGUGACUAUGUCAUGUUAACUGUGGUGCAACUCUGUUCUCAUCCCAUAGCAGCUGGACCGUCCACCACCCGUUAUGUCAUCACAAACGGCAAUGUCAUUCUCAACCCUGGGAUCCGUGGUGGAGUUUUACAGGAGAUCCUGUGGAAACAUGGUGUAAACAAGGCGGUGGAAUGGAGCACUGGCGGGAUACAGGAAUUUCGUGAUUUUAAAGGGAGGACAUCCUUGAACACCACGACUGGAGAAAUCACUAUCAGACAGCUGACCAAGCAGCUCAGUGGGGUGUAUGAGGCAGAGUGUAUGAUUGGUCACAAAAUACAGACCUUUCAGCAGAGAGUGGAAGUCAUUGACACAGUAUCACAACCUGAAGUCACCUGUGAAUUGAACGGUACCGUGGCAACAAUUCACUGCAGUGCUGAGGGUCCACUGGUGGAGUAUCGCUGGUCUUGGCCUGACCACCAGGGGGAGAUGUGGAGCCAGGAGAAGAAUGGACAGCACUACAACAUCAAAUCCCCAGAGUCAGUCAGCUACACCUGUGAGGCCAGGAACCCAGUCAGUGAGAAGACAUCGACCUACAGCAGCAAUGACUGUCUGGCUACAGGUAAUCCUGAGAUCUACAUCUACACUGGUAUUUGUGCAGGUGUCUUGUUGGUUGCUGUUGUGGUUGCUGUUGUGGUCUGGCUCGUCAAGAAGCGUUCCAAAGAUUUGCGGAGCACAGGGAAUGCCAGCCAUCUUGGAGAGGAUCGAGAGAAGGCGGUGGCAAUCAGCCAGGCAGAGAUUGUGGAAGAGGAGAAUAAGCUAUUACUAGAUGAAGAACUAAAGGACAGGGUCAAUCAGAUCAACCAGACCAGUGAGGCUGUGAAAACUGGAGAUGGUGAGGGAGAGAAGAAACCAUUACUAGACAAGGCAGGAUCCACUGAUACAGAUGUUAUUGUGAGUAAUAUCCCGUUCAAACUGAACAACCAGAAUCAGGUUUGGGGUUGGGAGUUCGGAAAGAGACAGAGGGAAGAAAAAGAGCAGAACACAGAAUCCAAACAGAACAUGAACGUUACCUUGGGGACUGUUACCCAAGAUUCUGUCCAAACUGCUCCUCCAAAACCACCUCGGAGCAGCCUUAACUAUAAUUCACCGUACCUACAGACUCUGGAGACACAGCACAGCAGAGAGCAUCAUGGGAGAGGAACUGACCAAAGCAUGGCUGGUUAUGGCACAGAGAGAGAGGGAGCGGGAAAUGGACAGCUUAUGCCCCAGAAAGUCCUAAUCUUAGACACAGAGGAGGAGAGUGGAGGAAAGGAGGAGGGGACAAGAGAGGACGGAGAAGAUGUUGAGAAAGAGAAGGUAGGAGGAGAUGAUUCAGUGACAGAGGAGGGAGAGGGGCAAGAAGAUACAGAUAGGAGAGAUGAUGGAGGAGAAAGAAAUGGACAGGAGAGAGAGACUGAAAAUAAUGAAGAAGAGCAGGUGAAAGGAGAGGGAGAAGAAAGAGGGAAGGAGAGGAAAGAAAAAGCCCAACUUCUCCCAAACAAACACUCCCCCAAAAAGCUCCCCCCCCCACCUCUCGCCCCAAAACCAUCAUCUAUAAGACAUGUUAACCAGAUGGGUGUAGAACAAGGAAGCGUAGUGAAGACAAUGGAAACCCAGAGGAGCAGUGGUCAGGUAGACAGAGAGAGAGGAACACCUGACCUAUCAGGUCUGAGGAGACCCAAUAACUCAGUGUCAGACAGUACAGACACUCCUGAUAGAAGCAGUCCAGGAUUGUCAGCUCUUCCUAUAGUCACAGCAUUUAGUCCAAAGGUGGGCAGUGGUACUCUAUCCAAUCCAGUAAAGGCCAGUUCAGGUGCACCCUCCGGACCAGGAGACACCAGUUCAGGUGCACCCUCCGGACCAGGAGACACCAGUUCAGGUGCACCCUUCGGACCAGGAGACACCAGUUCAGGUGCACCCUCCGGACCAGGAGACACCAGUUCAGGUGCACCCUCCGGACCAGGAGACACCAGUUCAGGUGCACCCUCCGGACCAGGAGACACCAGUUCAGGUGCACCCUCCGGACCAGGAGACACCAGUUCAGGUGCACCCUCCAGACCAGGAGACACCAGUUCAGGUGCACCCUCCAGAACAGGAGACACCAGUUCAGGUGCACCCUCCGGACCAGGAGACACCAGUUCAGGUGCACCCUCCAGACCAGGAGACACCAGUUCAGGUGCACCCUCCGGACCAGGAGACACCAGUUCAGGUGCACCCUCCGGACCAGGAGACACCAGUUCAGGUGCACCCUCCAGACCAGGAGACACCAGUUCAGGUGCACCCUCCAGACCAGGAGACACCAGUUCAGGUGCACCCUCCAGACCAGGAGACACCAGUUCAGAUACAACUAGUACAGCAAUAGAGAGUAGCUCAGAUACUCUGUCUACGACAGAGGAAAAUGUACCAACAGAGACCAGUAAAGCUACAGCCUCUGUACCAGGAGAAACCAGUUGAAAAGCACUUGUUGAAAAAGUUUGUUAAACAAAAAUGUUAGGCUCUGUACGGGGAUGUUUUGUUUCUCUUAUAUUUAUACAAUUAAUUUCAAGGGUAUUUAAAACCAAAUACCUUUUAGACUUUUAUUUUUGUCAUUUUCUAUUAAAGUAUCUUUACUUUUAGUCAAGUAUGACUUUUGGGUACUUUUUCACCACUGUAUUAUAGCACAUCAACAUAAUGUAUUGUGUUGGUACAGUAUACAGUACGUUUUUUAUACCACCAUACAUUUGGUAUUUUUAGGUGCAUUUGAUGAAGAAAAACAUUUCAUUAAGAGCUUACUUGAUCCUUUACAUGGUGUGAGAGCUGAUACUUUGCAAUAUAAAAAC